UGGGACGCAGCCGCCGCCUCACGGAGUCCCGCAGAGGAACUGAUGGAAGGAGGCAAGUUGUGAGGAAAAGAAAAAGGCGGGAUUUAAUGUCCUCCUGAAGGGGUAAAAUUCUGUAGAAUGGCGGAGUCCGGUCCGUUCAGAGGCCUGCCCCGGUUCCGGAGGGCUGCGGCCUCGAUUCCUGGAAAUCUGCACCUGGUUCUGGUUCUGAGGCCCAAAGCUCAGUCUCAAGGCACCGGCACAGACCUGGGCUUUCGCUUCUGUCAGGAGGACUUCACUAUCAAAAUGCCUGUGAUCAUGCUGAGCUCAGUCACUGACCUGCUGCGUUAUAUUAAUGAGAACCAGUUGAGCGCUGAUUUCAGUGGAACUUUAGAGUGCUGCGCCACAGACUGGAUUGUCGUGAGGACGGCGAUAGAGAGUUUUGCAGUGAUGGUGAAGGACGUCGCACAGCUGCUGCAGGUGUUCGGGACCGAACUGGCAGAGACCGAACUGCCUGAGGAACCGAAUGCCAUCGAGUACCUGCUCCGCUCACACACUGACAAAUACAGGCAGAUGAAGGAUGAUGUUCGCUCGGUGAUAAAGGAGGGGCGUCAGAUCUUGUCCAAUCUGGAGGGAAUUAAAAGGACAGAUGAGAGAGACAUCACUCAGGACAGGGACACUGUACAGAGGCUCCUGACGCAGUUAAGGGACAUGGAGAUGGCGUUCGAUGGGUUUUUUGAGAAACACCAUCUGAAGAUGCAGCAGUACCUGCAGCUGCUCCGCUAUGAGCUGAGCUUUCAUGAGAUGGAAUCAAAGCUGAGCGAUCUGAUUGGUCGAGAGAAAGCGAUUCCUGCUGCAGGAGCGACAGCGGCUCAGACACAACAACUCAUCACUGAAGUACACACUCUCGACUCCAUCGCUGAGGAGGAGAUGGGUCACGCUCAGAUCGUUAUCCUUCACGGUCACCAGUUAGCGGCGAGUCACCACUACGCUCUGGCUCUCAUCGUCCAGCGCUGUAACGAGCUGCGUCAUCACUGUGACACACUGACCACAGCCCUGCGCAACAAACACACCUCACUCACACACACACACACACUGCAGCUGCACCUCGAGCAGGUGGUGCGGUGGUGUGAUGAGAGUGUGUAUCUGUUAGCGGGUCAGAUGGUGGAUAAGUUCCAGUCUAAAGAAGGAGCUCAGGAGGCGCUGAGUGACAUCGAGAGACUGCUGGAGUCCAAACCAACACUUACCUACACACCUACUGACACACACACACCUGAGAUACAGGCUCAGGUGACAGUGGUGAUGGAGAAGUUCUCCUCAGUGCAGGUGAUGCUGGAGAACAGACAGGCAUGUUUGCGUAAACUCACCUGUGUUCAGGUGAGACCCAUCCAGCCCGUCUCCCCGAGACCCGAGAGCCCGACUCGCCUCAAAUCCCCGCUCUUCUCCCCUAAACACAGUUUUGAUGUCAACUCCAGUCUGAAGUUCUCCUUUGAUCUCUCUCUGCCGGGAAAAAAGAUUGCACGGAAGAACAACGGCACUAAGAAGAUUGAGGUGAUGCACAAGGAGAGUCAUGGUGGUGUGUGUCAAGAAGCGGAGGGAGUGGAGAACUCUGAACAGCACAGAUGUCAUGUGAUGAGGGAGCUGAUUGACACAGAAAAGUUGUAUGUGGAGGAGCUGCUCAGUGUUCUACUGGGUUACAGAGCUGAGAUGGAUAACCCCACCCUGUCUCACAUCUUACCAUCGGAGCUGAAAGACAAGAAGGAGGUUUUAUUUGGAAAUCUGCCAGAGAUCUACAAAUUUCACAGCAGGAUAUUUGUUCAGGAUCUGGAGAGCUGCCAGGAGAUUCCGGAGAGAGUGGGGGCAAGAUUUCUGGAGAGAAAGGAGAAUUUUCAGGUGUAUGAGCGUUACUGUCAGAAUAAACCCCGCUCAGAGGCCAUGUGGAGGCAGUGUGGAGACUCUCCGUUUUUCCAGGAGUGUAAAAGAAAACUGAAGCACAAACUGGAUUUGGAUUCAUAUUUACUGAAACCUGUUCAGCGUCUGACCAAAUAUCAGCUCCUGCUGAAGGAGCUGUUGAAGCACAGUACACAAUCACAGUAUGCGUGUGAACUCCAGGGGGCGCUAAAUGCCAUGCUGGACCUCCUCAAAUCAGUUAAUGACUCCAUGCACCAAAUCGCCAUAACUGGAUAUGAGGGGGAUCUGUGUGACCUGGGCCGCGUGUUGAUGCAGGGUUCGUUCAGUGUGUGGAUGAGCAGGAAGUUGUCACGUGUAAAGGACAUGGCUCGGUUUAAACCCAUGCAGAGACACCUGUUCCUCCACGAGAGGGCGCUGCUGUUCUGUAAAAAAAGGGAGGAGAAUGGGGACGGAGCCGAACGCACCGCCUCCUACAGCUUCAAACACUGCCUCAGGAUGAGUGCUGUGGGUAUCACAGAGAACAUUAAAGGAGAUGUAAAGAAGUUUGAGAUCUGGUACAGUGGGAGAGAGGAAGUGUACGUAGUGCAGGCUCCUACAGUAGAGGUGAAGUCAGCGUGGCUCAGUGAAAUCAGAAAAAUCCUUACAAACCACCAGAAAACCGAUGAAAGUGCAGACUCCCUCUCUCCUCUUCUGGUGAACAGUAUGGAGAGGGCGUCGGUCUGCAUGUCCUGGAGCCCUGCCCCCAUCGCAGCCUGCUCAGGUUGUUUUGAUGUCCCUCCUCACAGUAAGGGGGCGCCGGUGCACUCGGACGAGUCAGGGAGCUCCAGUCCAGUUCUGACAGACCCUGUGAUGUUUUCACCUCGACCCCAGAACCGCAACCGCCGCAGCUGGCCAGGAACCUCAAACUCUGUGGACAUUUGUGAAAGUUUAGAGGACUGGACCACUGACCUGUCCUUCAUCUCCGACUCAGACGAAGACGACGUCCUGCUGGUUCCUGGGAAAUACCGAGCCCUGGUGGACCACCUGAAGUGUGGUAAAAAUGAAGUCAUCAUAAAACAUGGUGAUGUCAUUGACUUACUACAGGAGAGUUCAGAAGGCCUGUGGGAUGUGAAAAACCUGACUCGGGGAGGUGAGGGGAAACUCCAAUCUGAUGCCCUGCAUAGAAUUCUGGGAAAUGUGGACAGAAGUCAUGUGAUCAGACCAGGAGGUGAGUUUACGGCUCGGGAAAUAUAAGCUCAGCGAUGAACACGCCGUGAUGAGAUCCUCCAGGUGGAAGGAAACAUCUACAUUAUUAUCCAACAUGGGAACUCACACACACUCACACACAGAUACACAAUUUAGCCAAAAACAGCACUGCAUUUCCUGGACAAUAGAUGGUGUAGUGUGAGUGUGUUCAGAGGCCAGGUGUGUUAGGUGUGUGUCACUGACAUGCCUGGGUGUUCGUGUGUGUAAGGUAGGUGACGCUCCAUCAGUUACGAUACAUGAAUCUGGUCGAGUCUACUGGAUAAAACAGGGUUGCGAGUGUGUGUACACAAACUAGUGUUGUGUAUUAUUAUUAUUAUUAUUAUUUUCUAUAUUGUGUUCAAAUCAGUACUUUGUGCUGAACAGGACUGAACUACAGGUGAUCAGAUUUCAGCAGAAGCUCCGCCCAUGUGCUUAUUUAAGAACCAUGUGUCAGGUAAAAAAAAAAAAACCUCACCUGUGUAUAGUCAGGAAAUGCGAUAGCACAGCCUCAAACACAGCCUUCACUUUCACCAUCGCCACAGUGUUUAGCAUCUACAGUGUGUGUGUACAGGAGAUUUCUGCACCCAGGAACAUCAUAAGAACUUCGGUGUAAAGUGAGCUGUGUAUGGAGCUGGCUAAGGGUGUGUGUCUGUGUCUGUGUGCGUGCUAUAAAGCUAGUUCAUGGAUUAGCAUGUUUACUGUCAUGCUAGUUUGUGGUAUAAGAUAAUUAUUAUAACAUUAGAUCUUUAUUUGAUCUAAAAAUAUACAAAUAUAAAUAUUGAUAAACUAUAAUCAGACUACCUUCCUCCAAACCCUUUCAAUUCACACAGGCAUGGCACUCCUGUCUGUGCUUCUCUCUCAGAUGUGACAGACUGAACUGUGUAAAAAAAACACUCACCUGUCUUAGGAUCUACUUCGUGCCAAAUUGUGACAUCAUACAUUUUUACACACAGCACUUUGUUCCUAAUCAGGUUUUUAAGGUUAGUAGUGUUUUCAUAUCAUUGUGGAUUUGUUACAGUCUGCUUUUUAGCAUAAUGCUUCACUGUUUAUAUGCACACACACAAACACACACUGCUAUAUUUUAAAGCCUUUAGUCUUCCUUGCUGUAUGCGCUAAGCUAGCCUUGCUAUAAUUCCACUGCUCAGGUGGUUGUGGAGGUGUGUUUUAUAGCUGAAAGUAUAAAGCCAUAAAUAUCCACAAGGAGCUUUAGAUACAAGAGGGUACAUGUACAGUAGACAUCAUAGUGUCUGAGCUUUAAAAUACUUUUAAAUCACAUUUAAGCACAAGAAGUAUAACACUAUAAAACACAUUUCCUUACUUUAGUGUUGAAUGUAAAUCUUUUCUGUUUAUUAACUUAUUGUGCCAAAAUAAAUGCAAUCAUGUUUAAUUUUUUUUAUUUUCCAAUGUUGAGAAAAAGCAAAAGCACAUGUCCAUGUACAGUGUUGUUAAAUAUUCACUCAUUAGCAAAUUCCGGUUGCUAAUCAACUGCUUUAUAAACACAGACGGCUUUACAGCUAACUUAUCUCCUGAUUUCAUCAACAUGACAUAAUUUAGAAAAUUGUUCAAACCUUUUGAUGAUAAAUGAGUGACAAAUGAGUGAUAAAUGCUUCUGGAAACUGA